AUGGCACUGUCAGCUUCGUGGACAUCUUUCCUCAAGUCCAUCACCUCCUUCAAUGGUGACUUGUCCUCCUUGACUGCGCCUCCAUUCAUCCUUUCACCAACCUCCCUAGUUGAAUACUCUCAGUAUUGGGGUGAACACCCGGAUCUCUUGUUGGAGCCUAACUUUAUUAGCGGAGGAGAAACUAAGGACGAGGAGCAGUCCAAUGCGGUUAAGAGAAUGCUUGCAGUGACCAAAUGGUUUAUCUCCACCUUGCGGUCGCAAUACUGUUCUAGAAAUGAGAGCAUGGGUUCAGAGAAGAAGCCUUUAAACCCAUUCUUGGGUGAAGUUUUUGUGGGAUCGUGGAAGGAUGAGUCUAAAGAGCAGAAGUUUGGCGAGACUGUGCUCUUGUCGGAGCAAGUGUCUCACCAUCCUCCUGUCACAGGUUACGCUAUCAUCAACGAUAAGAACAAUGUACUUUUGCAAGGUUACAAUGGCAUUCGUGCCACAAUUAGUACUGCUUCAAUUAGCGUGAAACAGUACGGACAUGCUAUUUUGGAAUACAAGGAUCUCAAAGAAACUUACUUGAUCACAUUACCUCCCUUGCACAUUGAGGGGCUUAUCACUGCAUCGCCUUUUGUUGAAUUAGAAGGCACCUCAUACAUCCAGAGCUCCAACGGUUACUUAGCAGUAAUUGAUUACUCGGGGAGAGGUUAUUUCAGCGGCAAGAAGAAUACAUUUAAGGCUCGCGUUUACGCCGAUAAGCUUGCUAGCGCUGAUAAGGAGAAUGCUCUUGCCACCAUUUCUGGCCAGUGGUCCGCCAAGUCAUACAUCGCCAAGGGUAACGAGAAGCCUUCGAGCAAAGGGGAGUUGUUCUACGACGCAUUAGCCAAAACCCCCGAACAUUUGCAUGUGAAGCCAAUAGAGGAGCAGCACGCAUUGGAGCUGAGGAAAGCAUGGAGAAAGGUUGCAGACGCUAUUCGCAAGAGCGACUACGACUUGAUUCAGGAAGAAAAGUCUCUAAUCGAGAAUGAACAGAGAGAAAUGAGAAAGCAAGAGGCUGCGUCGGGGAUCAAGUGGCAGACUAGGUGGUUUGAUUGUGUCGACCUUAAAGAUGGCAAAGCCGGGGACGAUCCUCUCUUAAGUUUGGGAAAUAUUGCAAGCUUAUCUGUGGACAAUGUGCCUUCAGGCACGCUUCGGGGGUCAAAGAAGGAGAAUGGCGAGGCCAAACACUGGAGAGUGAACUUGGAGAAGUGGCACAAUGAGAAGGAGAUUAAGAUCUAG